AUCUCGAAUAUUUAAACGUCCAGAAUUCCGGGUGUUCAAUUUAUUCUCAACCAGCUCAAUCAGUCUUCUCUCAUCAAGCAAUCCCCAAAGCCAACCACCAACAACCAAACCGAACCAAUCUCAAAACAAAACAAAAUCCAAACUCCCCAAAAAAUGUUCUCCAAAACCAUCUUUUCUGGCCUCGCUAUGGCUCUCGCCCUUUCCACCGUGACGGCCCUCCCCGUCGACAACGCCCUCACCACCCGGGACAUCCCCCAGUGUGUCAACAACGCCAACCAGUGCCGCUCCCAGCCUGGAGCCAACCUUUCCACCUGCUACUCCCAGGCUGCUGCUUGCUGUGACCAGCUCGACAAUGCCUGCCGUACUGCGCCUUACGCCAACCAGGCGCAGUGCUCUUCUGAGAAGGCUCAGUGCUACGAGCAAAGCGGUCUGCGCAGCCCUUAUGGCCGUCGCUGGGGCCCUUGGGAGCAGCAGCAGCAGCAGCAAGAGCAACAGCAGCGUGAGCAGCAGGAAAGAGAACAGCGACAGAGGGAGCAAGAACAACGCGAGCGUGAGCAGCGUGAGCAAGAACAGCGUGGUCAGGGACAGCCAUGGCAGCAGGAGCAAUGGCAGCGUGAGCAGCAGGAGAGAGAACAGCAGCAGCGCGAACAGAACAGCAACAGAGACAACAGGAAGAGCAGCAGCGCCAGCAGGAACAGCAGCAGCGUGAGCAAGAGCAGCGCGAGCAGCAGCAGAGAGAACAGGAGCAGCGUGAGCAGGGACAGUGGGGAUGGAACCAGUAAAUGACUCUGCCUCGAUAGCAUGAGUCCCGAUACUGGUGAAAUUUGGAACCGAGCAUAUAUGCUCAUUGAUGACUCGACUGAUAAUUCGACCAAUAAUUUGAUUGAUGGUGUGACGCCGCUUUGAUGAUUUAUAUACGAUACACUCCUUUGUACAGCCCAUGAUCCCUUGUUGAUAAGGAUCGUGAACGACUGUUUAUGAUGGCAACGGAACAUAUUCUCUCCUUUAAUUUAUCUGCAGAUGAAACCCUAGUUAUAUUCAAUUCCAGCUGGUUAUAACCCAAAUAC